AUAAGCGAAGACGAGUCUCUUCGGCGCUUAGUGCGGCAACGUCCACUUCGCCAGCUGCAUCCUAGCGCUUUUCCCCCAAGCCGAGUCCACAAGCCAGUGCCAAUAAAGCUUAAGACUUCAAUUAAAGAUGGUCAACUUCGGCCACAUUUUCGUGUGGGCCUUGCUCUUGGUCACCACAUCGGCCACUGAUCUGAGCGAUGAUGAGGCGCUGAACGAGGUUUUGAGCGAGCUCGACUUUGACGACUCUUCGCCGAGAUUAACGCGCGACACAUCUCUGUCGGCCAAGCACAUCGAGAAGAUCGAUGUAAAAUGCGACCAAGGCGGUGGCAUGAUGGUGGAGGUGGAGUUCUCCGAGGACUUCGAGGGCGUCAUCUACAGUCAGGGAUACUACAAUGACCCCAAGUGCAACUACGUGAAGGGCGACAGAGCCGGUCGCAGUUUCACAUUCACAGUGCCAUACGAGGGAUGCGGCAGCAAGCCCUCGUGCUCCGUCUGCGCCUCCAUAGAGAACAUCCUGAUCAUCCAGGAUGACAGGGAUAUUCAGAACAGCUUCGAUAUUGCGCGAAAGAUCUCGUGCAGUCGGGGCGACGAGCGCGAGAAGACUGUCUACUUCAAGCCAUUUGUGGUGGACAUGCUGGAGGUGAUCUCGGUGGACACACCCAGUGGUCCUGUGGAGUGCUGGAUGGAGAUCGGAACGGGUAGUCCGCCGAACAUUAGGCCCAUUCAGGGCACUCUUACCCUCGGAACUGACAUUACGUUCACCAUAAACGUAAAGCACGCUGAACAGGCGUGGGACAUAAAUAUACUACAGUGUUAUGCCUCAGACGACAUGGACUUCGAGGCCAGAACCACGAAGAGAUUGCAACUGUCGGACAAAAGGGGGUGCUCCAUCAAGGAGAAAAUCUUUGGGGAGUGGCGGAAGUUCGAAGCGCCCUCCAGCCUGACCUCCACUUACUACAACACACUGAAGGCCUUCAGGUUCCCCGACAGAUCGCAGGUGUAUCUGAAAUGUGACAUCGAACUCUGCAACGGAGCGUGCAAAAGGGACUACACCUGCGGCGUUGAGAGGUCAGGUCCAUGCCCUGAGGGAUCAACUGACCCCCAGUGUCUGCAGGAACACCUGAUUUCGCCCAAGCCUCGCUGCUAUCCGGGAUCUAGAGAACCGGGGUGUCCCACGCCCACCUCCCAGCCACCGACCACAAUCAGGAUUCCAAUAGCCUCAACAUUCACGCCAAGGCCACGUUGCUACCCUGGAUCCAACGAUCCAAGUUGUCCGCAAACCACUCAGACACCCUCCAAGCCUAGUUGCCCUCUGGGCUCAACCGAUCCCCGUUGUCGCGUUGGCCCACCGGCCACCAUAAAGCCAAGGUGCUAUCCAGGAUCAAAUGAUCCGGAAUGUCAGCCAGCUACCUAUCUUCCGCCAACAACAAGGAGAACUCCGGCUCCAACGACCAGGUCACGUUGUUAUCCGGGAUCAAGCGAUCCUGAAUGCCAACCCAAAACCAGGCCGACCGUUACUACAUCGCAGCCGAGAUGCUAUCCUGGGUCAUCCGAUCCAGAGUGUCAACCAGCUACCUACCUUCCUCCGACCACCAGGAGAACUCCAAUUCCAACAACCAGAGCCCCCAUAACCACAUCAAGUCCAAAUUGCUAUCCAGGCUCAACGGAUAGCCGCUGCCCACAGAAACCCCAAACUACUCCACGGCCCAGAUGUUAUCCUGGAUCGCCAGAUCCAGCCUGUCAACCUGCCACGCGUGUAACGCAGAGACCAACAACUCAACAGCCAAAGUGCUAUCCCGGCUCAUCUGAUCCGGAGUGUCUGAACUGUUUCCCGGGCUCGCCAGAUCCGAGAUGUCCGAAGGUUCCAACCACCAAGAAGGCGGGAUGCUUUGAUGGUUCAGAUGAUCCGAGGUGUCAGCCGGCCACCUACCUUCCUCCUUCAUCUCGUCGUCCGCCCACAAUCGCUCCUAAGCCCAGAUGCUAUCCAGGUUCACCAGACCCCAGUUGUCCGCAGCCAACGACGUCAAGGACACCUGUAACCACACCCAAGCCUAGGUGUUAUCCCGGCUCUACAGACCCGAGUUGUCCACAACCAACUCAACCAACCACAAUAAGGGUUCCUGUGACUACACCGAAGCCUAGGUGCUAUCCGGGAUCUAGUGACCCAGAGUGUCAGCCAGCCACUUACACGCCUCCGACGACUAGGAGGCCUGUGACCACCUCCAAGCCGAACUGUUACCCCGGCACGACAGACAGGCGGUGCCCACAAGAACCAGUGACGACACCAAAACCCAGAUGCUACCCAGGCUCGCCCAAUCCAGAAUGUCAGCCUGCCACGUACCUGCCCCCAACGGUACGAACGACGCCCGAGCCAAGGUGCUAUCCGGGAUCGAGUGAUCCUGAUUGUCAGCCAGCUACGCCUCCGACAACUCGAAAGCCCAUAACUACGUCCAGGCCCAACUGUUAUCCAGGCUCCACAGAUAGUCGCUGCCCACAGAAACCGGCAACGACUCCAAAACCGAGAUGUUAUCCGGGAUCAACAGACCCCUCUUGUCAACCAGCAACAUAUCUACCCCCCUCGACAGCAAGAACCACUGUUUCUCCAACCAAGCCAAGGUGCUAUCCUGGCUCAAGUGACCCCUCUUGCCAGCCACCAACAACAAGAACGCCAGUCACCACAUCCAGACCAAAUUGCUAUCCAGGCUCCACUGAUAGUCGUUGUCCUCAGAAACCCCAAACGACUCCAAGGCCCAGAUGUUAUCCUGGAUCUCCAGAUCCCUCCUGUCAGCCUGCCACGCGUGUAACUCAGAAGCCACCACCUACGCAACAGCCAAAGUGCUACCCCGGCUCAUCUAAUCCGGAGUGUCUGAAUUGUUUCCCGGGCUCUCCUGAUCCAAGAUGUCCGAAGGUUCCAACCACCAAGAAGGCGGGAUGUUUUGAGGGUUCGGAUGAUCCCAGAUGCCAGCCUGCCACUUACUUGCCGCCAACAACUAAUCGAACUCCCACAACUGCACCCAAGCCAAGGUGCUACCCUGGUUCAACGGAUCCAAGAUGUCCACAAACCACGCAGCCAACAACAAGAAGGCCAAUUACGACAGUGAAACCACGGUGCUAUCCAGGAUCUAACGACCCUUCAUGUCAGCCAGCUACUUACUCGCCUCCUACCACAAGAGUACCUGUAACAACAUCCAAGCCAAGAUGUUAUCCAGGCUCGCAGGAACCCGAGUGCCAAACUGCCACCAGGCCACCAAUUACCACGUCCAAGCCAAGAUGCUACCCAGGAUCUUCAGAUCCCGAGUGUCAGCCAGCCACUUACCUGCCUCCAACAUCUUUUAGAACAACCAUUCCAACCGUUCCUACGACCAGAAGGCCUGUGACUACAUUGAAGCCCGAUUGUUUUCCCGGCUCAACAGACAGACGCUGUCCAAAGGAACCAGUGACGACACAGAAGCCCAGAUGCUACCCUGGCUCACCUAACCCCGAGUGCCAACCUGCCACUUACCUUCCUCCCACAACACGAGUCCCAAUUACUACGGCCAAGCCAAGAUGUUAUCCGGGUUCAAACGAUCCCGAUUGUUUGCCUCCGACCACCAGAAUUCCGGUGACUACGUCAAAGCCCAACUGUUAUCCAGGCUCUUCCGACAGUCGUUGCCCUCAGAAACCUCAAACUACUCCGCAGCCUAAGUGCUAUCCCGGUUCAUCAGACCCGGAGUGUCUUAACUGCUAUCCUGGUUCGCCAGAUCCGAGAUGUCCGAAGGUUCCAACCACCAAGAAGGCGGGAUGCUUUGAUGGUUCCGAUGAUCCGAGGUGUCAGCCGGCCACCUACCUUCCUCCUUCAUCUCGCCGUCCGCCCACAAUCGCUCCUAAGCCCAGAUGCUAUCCAGGUUCACCAGACCCCAGUUGCCCGCAGCCAACCACAUCAAGAAGGCCUGUAACCACAAUCAAGCCUAGGUGUUAUCCAGGAUCAACAGACCCCAGUUGUCCACCACCAACUCAACCAACCACGAUAAGGGUUCCUGUGACUACACCGAAGCCUAGGUGCUAUCCGGGAUCUAGUGACCCAGAGUGUCAGCCAGCCACUUACACGCCUCCGACGACUAGGAGGCCUGUGACCACCUCAAAGCCAAACUGUUACCCUGGCUCGACAGACAGGCGCUGCCCACAAGAGCCAGAGACGACACAAAAGCCCAGAUGUUACCCUGGCUCACCGAAUCCUGAAUGUCAACCUGCCACUUACCUCCCACCGACAACAGGUGGCACAACGGUUCCUACAGCUAGGCCCAGGUGCUAUCCAGGCUCUAACGAUCCCGAUUGCCAGCCAGCCCCAACAACCAGAGCUCCUAUUACUACAUCGAAGCCAGUUUGUUACCUAGGAUCAACGGACAGUCGUUGCUCCCAGAAAACGCCUACGACCCCAAAACCAAGGUGCUAUCCCGGAUCUACUGAUCCUGAAUGCCAGCCUGCAACCUAUCUGCCUCCAACAACUUCGAGGCCAACUAUCCCUACAACCAGGCCAAGGUGCUAUCCUGGAUCAACCGAUCCCUAUUGCCAACCGAAAACGUAUGCCCCACCGACAUCAAGGCCAGUGAUAACUACAUCGAAGCCCAGAUGUUAUCCAGGCUCUUCAGACCCCGAAUGUCAGCCAGCCACUUAUCUUCCACCUACAACGAGGCAAACUACAAUUCCCACUUCGAAGCCAAGGUGCUACCCAGGAUCCAGAGACCCAGAAUGUCAGCCAGCCACUUACUCGCCUCCGACAACCAGGCUACCUGUGACCACAUCGAAGCCUAACUGCUAUCCAGGCUCUACCGAUAGUCGCUGUCCCCAGAAACCACCCACAACUCCGCAGCCAAAAUGUAUUCCCGGCUCAUCAGAUCCGGAGUGUCUGAACUGUUUCCCGGGCUCGCCAGAUCCGAGAUGUCCGAAGGUUCCAACCACCAAGAAGGCGGGAUGCUUUGAUGGUUCAGAUGAUCCGAGGUGUCAGCCGGCCACCUACCUUCCUCCUUCAUCUCGUCGUCCGCCCACAAUCGCUCCUAAGCCCAGAUGCUAUCCAGGUUCACCAGACCCCAGUUGUCCGCAGCCAACCACAUCAAGGACUACAGCCAAGCCUAGGUGCUAUCCAGGCUCAACCGACCCCAGUUGUCCACAACCAACUCUGCCAACCACCAUUCGGACUCCUGUGACUACAUCUAGGCCUAGGUGCUAUCCAGGAUCUAAUGACCCCGAAUGUAUACCAGCAACUUAUUCGCCACCGACGUCAAGCUCCCAAAUCACUACUUUUAAGCCCAGAUGUUAUCCUGGCUCAAGGGAUCCUGCAUGUCUGCCGGCAACUUAUGCGCCUCCAACUUCAAGGAUUCCCGUGACCACAUCCAAACCUAAUUGUUAUCCCGGCUCGACAGAUAAGCGCUGCCCACAGGAACCGGUAACGACACCUAGGCCCAGGUGCUAUCCUGGCUCACCCGACCCCGAGUGCCAGCCCGCUACUUACCUGCCACCUACAACCGCACGCCCAACGGUGCCUACAACCAGACCAAGGUGUUAUCCAGGCUCCAGUGAUCCCAGUUGUCAACCAGCUACAUACUCGCCCCCAACAACUCGAGCACCCCUAACCACAUCGAAGCCCAAUUGCUAUCCGGGAUCAACAGAUAGUCGGUGCCCACAAACGACGCCCAAGCCAAGGUGCUUCCCUGGAUCUACAGAUCCGUCCUGCCAACCUGCAACUUAUCUUCCACCAACCACCGCAAGACCAACUAUUCCCACAACCAAGCCAAGGUGUUAUCCUGGCUCAAGCGAUCCUUACUGCCAGCCACCUACUACAUUACCGCCGACAACCAGAGCUCCUCUUACCACAUCCAGGCCAAAUUGUUACCCGGGCUCCACUGAUACUCGUUGCCCUCAGAAGCCGCCAACUACUCAGGAGCCAAGGUGCUAUCCCGGCUCAUCAGAUCCGGAGUGCCUGAAUUGUUUCCCGGGCUCUCCUGAUCCAAGAUGUCCGAAGGUUCCAACCACCAAGAAGGCGGGAUGUUUUGAGGGUUCGGAUGAUCCAAGAUGCCAGCCAGCUACCUACUUGCCACCAUCGACUUAUCGCCCGCCCACAAGUGCACCCAAGCCAAACUGCUAUCCGGGCUCAUCAGAUCCGAGGUGUCCGCAAACAACUGUAAGAACUCCGGUUACCACACCGAGGUGCUACCCGGGAUCUCCUGAUCCUGACUGCCAACCUUCAACCAGAGCCACCGUAACCACUUUGAGGCCGAGAUGUUAUCCUGGCUCAAGUGAUCCAGAAUGUCAGCCAGCUACCUACUCUCCUCCCACUACAAGGACUCCUGUGACCACUUCCAAGCCAAACUGUUAUCCAGGAUCGACAGAUAGGCGUUGCCCACAGGAACCAGUGACGACUCAAAAGCCAAGGUGUUACCCAGGCUCACCUAAUCCCGAGUGUCAACCCGCCACUUACCUCCCACCGGCGACUGUACGCACUACAGUUCCUACGACUAGGCCACGGUGUUAUCCGGGCUCCAGCGAUCCCGAUUGCCAACCUGCAACAUACUCGCCUCCAACAACGAGGACUCCUAUCACUACACCCAAGCCACGUUGCUAUCCGGGCUCAAAUGAUCCUUCCUGCCAGCCUGCUACUUAUCUUCCGCCGACCACAGCAAGCAGGUGCUAUCCGGGCUCGACAGAUCCUGAGUGUCAGCCUGCAACAUAUGCUCCUCCCACGACAAGAGCUCCCGUCACCACAUCCAAGCCCAACUGCUAUCCGGGCUCCACGGACAGUCGUUGUCCCCAGACCACACUGAGACCGAGGUGCUUCCCAGGCUCCACGGAUCCCGAGUGUCUGCCGGUGACCACUGUGAGAACGCCAACCGCUGGAACCACACCAGUCUACUGCUAUCCGGGAUCUAUCGAUCCACGUUGCCCGGACUCCGGAUACAGGGGCACCAGCCGUAUUCCUGCCACCUAUCUGCCGCCCCUCAGUGACCCGGGCUACGACAGGACCAUUCGAAACGCGAAGAGCCUGUUCUUCAGUGAAAUCAACCACUUGGCACUCACCGAUAACAACGUCUUCGAGCUGGACGACGACGAGAGCGAACCCUCGAGGGCGAAGCGCGAGUUGAGGCUCGACGAGGAGGACCUCUUGUCCAAGAAGAUCAUGAAGCGCGAGUCCAGCGAGCUACCUUCAGAGCAAGAAGUGAUUUCCCUGACCCUCGGCGUGAGGACUGGCAUCAGUGUAAAAUAGUCGUUGAAGGUCUAGUAGAUGUUAAGCAUAACAAUAUUGUAUCACCAUACACCGAUAUGUAUUUACCUAGAAUGAUAUUGAUUAAAUAUAAACUA